UUUAGAGGGACACACUAUGCUUUCGGAUGUGGCAAACUGUUUUUGGUGGACGGUACGAGGUACAAGCUUGAGGGCCAGCCACUGAGCGAAUGCAGGACUCUGGUCACUGGCGUCGACAAAGGGAUUCGCUUCGUCGAGCGUUCAACGGGCGACAUCGUCCCAGCACUGGUCAUUGACCUGAAGAAGGCCGCUUUCUUUGACUCGGUCCCACUGGCAGAAAUGGUGUACAGCGUUCUUAUGAAUUCUGGCACAAAAUGGCGCAAUUUGUCCACUGCUCCGCUUGAUCAGAAUCUCUUCCACGAGUUCGUCUACAAGCUGAACGAUAUCAUUCGAGAUCUUCGGCUGGACCACAUAAACUACACCAAAAGGUCGUUUUUGGCUUCUGGAUUAUCGGACAAACCAACUGCAGAGAUCAGGCUCAAAAUUGGCAAGAAUGCGGUCGUCCCGAUGGUACCUUAUUAUCAGGAACAAGGGGUUCAAAUCCGUCCGGACUGGCCUGCUGUACGCCUGGUCACAGAAAUGGCCACAUCCUAUUUCCCGAUCGAGGUUCUUCGUGUUUCGCCACGCCAACGUGUGCCAGUGAGCAAGCAGACUCCAUCACAAAUGAAAGAUACUAUAAAGGGCAGUGUGUUGGCGAUCGACAGGACUGUGCAGCCGACACAAGAAGGAUCGACAUCUCCCCCAGCAGCAGCUUCGACAGUGCCUCGAGGAACGUGGAGUCUGAAGGCCUUACGGACCGUGUUGACCGUAGUACCUUGGUCAGCACCAACCAAAGAAUCAUAG